AUGAUCAGAAAGACAACUCAAGGAAAUGCUUUUCUCUCUGGACAAUUAACAAAUUACUACUUAACGAUAACAAAUGGCGGUGUCAAUGUAGCAACAAAUUCGAUAAGUUAUUCUGAUUGUAAUUGCCAUCUGUCAAGUACAUGUGUGAACCAAUUUUCCAUUUAUAAGAACGAUUCUGGCAACGUGACAUUAUUCGAUGUACCAGGUUUAUAUAUAGGAUGCUAUGUAAUUGAAGCAUUACUUCAAUCUACUCUUCAGUGCUUUUAUGACCAAAACUGUAUAGAUGAAUUACAAGUUUACUUAACAACUGCUUCGCCGAUGAAUGCAACAGCUCUUGACCCAUCUUUAUCAAGUCAAUAUUCCGAAAACUCAACAAUUGAAAAUCUUCUUAAUAGUUUAAUGAUCGAAGAAUGGAAUUCAACACAAAUAUACGAUCGAUAUUAUGAUGAAUGUCAACCUAUAGAAUGUACUUAUACUAUUAAAACAAGAAAUAGCAUAAUUUACAUUAUUACCACAAUGUUUGGUAUCGUUGGUGGUCUUAUAACAGUUUUAAAACUUGUUGUGCCACGAGUUGUCAAGUUCAUAAGAAAGAAGAGAAGUCGAUUAUCACCAUCAAACAUCGAUAAGACAAAGUUAAAAGUUUUCUGUGAUGUUUAA